AUGUCAAAGCCAAAACUUAGAACUGGAUCCACCGCAUUGCUCGGCAUCAUUGGCGAUGAGGAAACCGUAACUGGAUUCUUAUUAGCAGGAAUUGGAGACAAUGACGCAAAACAUGCUGAAAACUUUCUUGUUGUAACUCCAUCAACACCACAAACACAAAUUGAAGAGGCUUUCAAGAAGCUCACUUCCAGAGAGGAUAUUGCAAUUUUGUUAAUCAACCAACACGUCGCCGAAAGUAUUAGAUAUUUACUUGAUAGCUACAGCCAAAUCACUCCUGCCAUUUUGGAAAUUCCUUCUAAGGAUUCACCUUAUGAUCCAUCAAAAGACUACAUUCUUUCUCGUGUGAAAAUGUUCUUCUCAGACAAUUAA